UUGGGUAUAAGGUCAAUGUAGUUGUCGUAUCAAUGGUUUAAGACAUUCUAAGCAAAACUUGUAUAUUAAUGAUACAUCGCUUUUGUUUUUCUUGACAGGUUAAUUUCGAAUAUCGACUUCGACCAUGGCUUCUAUUCGUUACAUCUUCGCCUCUGUCGUGGUGUUCGCGGCCUUCUUGACAGCCGCCUAUGCCUGCACUGGUUCGACCAUUGCAGCGUUCAACAUACAAGUACUGGGUCAGAGUAAAAUGGGAAAACCGGAGGUUGUCGACUACUUGAAACAGAUCAUUGCUCAGUAUGACUUAGUCCUCAUCCAAGAAAUACGAGAUGUAGCAGGCACAGCUAUUGUCGAGCUACUCGACGCAGUCAACAGUCAACCUGGCUCGAAUUUCAAGAUGACGCUAGGGCCACGGGUCGGGCGCAGUAGUAGCAAGGAGCAAUACGCUUAUUUCUACAGGGAAGAUAAAUUCCAAGCGUUGGACUCAUUUUCUUACGACGAUCAAACGGAUGGUUUUGAAAGGGAACCGUUCGUCGUUCUCUUCGAAAACCUGGACAAGGGGGCAGCGGUUUCCAAGUUCUCUAUAAUCGGACUCCAUUCUAAGCCCACUGAUGCUGUGAACGAGGUGGAUUUGUUGGUCGAUGUCUAUGCCGCUAGCAAAAAGAGAUUUGGUGUCGAAGAUUCCAUACUAAUGGGAGAUUUCAAUGCCGACUGCAGCUAUCUUACUCGUACGGAGUUUGAGACCGUGCGUCUUUGGACGGAUACGAGUUUUCAAUGGCUCAUCCCCAGCUCAGCUGAUACGACCGUCAAAUCUACAGACUGUGCUUAUGACAGGAUUGUGCUUGCUGGUCAAAAUUUGAUUGCGAACAGCAAGGAUGCAGGAAUAUUCAACUACCAUGAAAGAUAUGGUAUAACCACUGACUUGGCUGAAGAUAUCAGUGAUCACUACCCAGUCUACUUCACUAUCAAUUAAAGACGAUGUUACUCUCAUCAUAUGAGGAAAAUUGACUGAAAACUGGUGAUCAUCUUUCUGUCGUAUCAAAUCGUGUCAUUAUGGACGAUUGAUUAAUUCCUUUUGAUUUUUUUUUAAAUUUCUCUCUUAUGGACUGCAAUAGAAAUAAUCAUUAUUUGAUUCAUGGAUCAAAAGAUCUUGCAAAAAAUUAGCAGGAAAAAGCCUUCUGAUUCAAUUAUUAAGAUAGUGUGUUAUUUAGCGUAUGCCUCAUAACUUGUAAGUUAAAAGAUCAGCAAUUGAGAAUUUUCUCAAGGUUUACAAAGAGGAGUAAAGUACGAAAUUGCCGUAUAUAGAAACGGGGGUUCCCAGUCAUCCGUGAUGAUUUACUAUUAAGACGCCCCCUCCCCUUCCCCUGUCACCGGAUGAAAUAUCAAUACUGCUGCUAGUAGACCAUCAAUAAAAACCGACAUCCUUGUUGAAGGACUGCCCCCCCCCCUCUCAAAUCCGCUCAUGCCGCUGUUGGUUACAAGUGCAGGUAGUCUUUAGAAAAUUUUGAAUUUGACGAGAGAUUAAGGUCACAGCACUUCGUACGUAUCCUUGCAUGUAACAUUCAAGUGUUUGUUUCACAAAAUCCUCAAGGUCAAUCGUAGUGCUCUUUCGGUUCAAGGUUUCAUUUGCUGCCUACAAUUUCUAGAAGAAAAAAAAUUAUAAAAUGUAAAUGCAUAUAUUAUACUCGCUUUAACUUCAUGAACUUGCCGGAACAAAAGUAUUUAAAACAUCAACCAUGAUUCAAAUUUUCCUCAUUGACCAGCCUGUAAAUUCAUUCUAAACUAUAAAACCCGUUUUCUAAACAGAUGUAAACACAAAGUUAUGUGUAUACCCCUCUUGCUUCAUUAUUUGAUCUUUGGCAAAGAUUAUUCAUCUUGAAAGAGCGCAAUAGGAUUGAAAAAUAUUUUGUAAACGGGGCUUGUAUUGUUUCACUAUCCUAUCGUGUUUUAAGUUAACAAUGUUGAAACACAGUGAGACAGAUAAUGUAUAGUUUGAUUAUACCGGUAUUAGGAAAAGUAUUGUUCACAAUAUUGAAAUAAGUUAUUAGGGGUUAGCGAUCGAAGAUGGAAUAAAAGAAAUGAUGAUUAAAUUGAAUAAACUUCUUGA